GCUGCAGUGGAGAACACACGGUUUGGCGCCGCCUAGCGUUUGCUGGAGAAAGUGCACUUCUAGCUUAUGCAGCGUGGAGCAGCACGCUGUCCUCCCAUCCGCACGCCGAGCAUCCCGCCUCACUUCCGAGGAGGACGGAGUGCUUUGUCAGCCCGACUCGUUGGAGGACAACGGAAGAAAAGCGCUUUCUGAGGGGAAACCGAUGUCCCCGAGAGCUGCUAUGCGCCGUUUGCAGUGAAGUGUUGCUGAACGCUCGCUGUAUCCGGAGCGGGACAGGUAGCUAGUCUAGUCAUGAAAGGUGUGCGAAGUGCAGGGUAAGACCCAUCUGCUCUGACCGAGUUUGAAAGACUACAAAAACUGUUUUUCCAUCAACCAAAUCCAGUCUUCUGCUUCGGGUGUGACAGCACAAAGCUAAAAAAGCUUCGUGUCCGAACCUUGACGUUACUUCUUCUUUUCCUCUUCAUGCUAAGCAACAAAACAAAACGUGAACGUGUUUCCAAGGAAGCGACUCGACCUUAAGCAGCAGCAGCAGCAGCAGCAGCAGCCACCGCAGCCGCGUCGUCAGGAGUCCAGAAAUUUCUGGUUUUAUCUCUUUCGACCACUAAAUGUUCGACCUAUUAUAGAUAACCAUUACUCAUUUUAUUCACCAAGUGCAGAAACACGCAGCGGAGGACCAUGUUGUUGAAGGAAUACAGGAUAUGUAUGCCGCUCACGGUGGAAGAGUACAGGAUUGGUCAGCUGUAUAUGAUCAGCAAGCACAGCCAUGAGCAGAGUGAGAGAGGUGAGGGAGUGGAAGUGGUGCAGAACGAGCCAUUCGAAGACCCCAACCAUGGGCCUGGGCAGUUCACGGAGAAACGUGUCUAUCUCAACAACAAGCUACCCAGCUGGGCACGAGCAGUAGUUCCCAAGAUCUUCUAUGUGACUGAGAAGGCGUGGAACUAUUAUCCCUACACUGUCACUGAGUACACAUGCUCUUUCUUGCCAAAGUUCUCCAUCCACAUAGAGACAAAAUAUGAGGACAACAAUGGCAGCAAUGACAAUAUCUUUGACGGUGAACCCAGAGACGAGGACACUGAGGUGUGUUUCGUCGACAUCGCAUAUGAUGAGAUCCCAGAGCGCUACUACAAAGAGUCAGAGGACCUGCGCUACUUUAAGUCAGAGAAAACGGCACGAGGUUUGCUGCAGGAGGGCUGGAGGGACACGCAAGACCCCAUCAUGUGCUCCUAUAAGCUGGUUUCGGUGAAGUUCGAGGUGUGGGGGCUGCAGACACGUGUGGAGCAAUUUGUCCACAAGGUGAUCAGAGACGUCCUGUUACUGGGUCACAGACAGGCCUUCGCUUGGGUGGAUGAGUGGAUUGACAUGACGAUGGAGGAGGUGAGAGAGUAUGAGCGUGCCACUCAGGAGGCCACCAAUAAGAAGCUGGGGACCUUCCCUCCAGCCAUCUCCAUCAGCGAGACGCCCCUGCCGGGCUGCGGCCGCAGCGGACCCUCUAGCGCUCCGUCCACCCCGCUGUCCACUGAGGCUCCAGACUUCCUUUCCGUGCCCAAAGACAGACCACGGAAGAAAUCAGCCCCAGAGACCCUCACUCUUCCGGACCCAGGCAGAAGGGACUCCGGCUACAGGCUACCCAGUCUCUUCUCCUGGGGCUCCAGCUCUGCUCAGCCUGAAUGACCCCCAGUGGGAUGGGCCAGAGUUCACGAAUGCAGAAACGUGUCCACUAGACACAGAUGAACAAGCCAGUCUCUGCUUAAACAAGGAGAGUGAGAGAAGGAGGGGGAGGAGACGCUCAGAUGCCCAAACACACUCGCAAAGUGGCUUUCCAACCUCUCCAACCUCAAACGCUACACAGGAACUCAGCCAGGAACUACAGUAGGGCCGAAGAGCGCACCAACUUUUCAGAAGCAUUUUAGUCCACUGUUAAUGAUAUCUCAGGAGUCAUUGGUUUGACGUAGAGAUUGAGUUUUUGAAAUUCUUGUAGUUUCCAGGCUUCUGUAGUUUUGUCUUUUCAGAAGGACUAUUCAAGUGUCUACAAUUCGAGUGCAAAAUAAAAAGUAUUUAGUUGCUGGUCUAAGAAAACCAUGUAUCUCAAACAUGGUAACUUGAAGGGAAAUUAUCCCAAGUCAUUUUGGACCAUUUUUCAAAUGGGGUGGAAAAAAAAAAAAAGAAAAAUUAAGUUACAAGGUUUGAUACGACAGUAACUACUUGCUUUUACUGGUCCUCCUUGAAUAAAUUUCUGAGAAGGACUCUUUUUCCAGUGCUUUCUUGGUAAUAUUUUACUUGAACGCUGCUACAUAACAUUGACAUAACCAUGCCAUGAACAUGUCACGGCAGAUGUCAUAUGCUGUCAUGAAUUAGUGCUGUUUUUACAGAUUAUUUGCAUUAAUAGAAGUGUCAUGUACCCGUUAUGACUGUUAUGACAUGUCUGAUCACUAGAGAAUACAGCAAAAAAAAUAUGUGACAUACGCUGUCGUGACAUCAAACAUUGUGGCAUCUGUCAGGACAAUAACCAGUAAUGGUCGCAUGACAGAGUUAUAUAAUCUGACAUGACAACUCAAGCAUAUGACAUAACAUGUUUAUGGUAUGGUUAUGUCAGUAUUAUAUACCACAUUUCAAGUAAAUCGUUAGUGUUUUGUUGAGCUGUUCUGCUGUUCUUCUCAGUGAAUAUACUUGUGGUUUUCUGUUUGGUUGUUUAUUUUCUGUUUAACUGGACUGGCUUUUUGACACCCCUGUCUGGUAACAGAUUCAUUGUCCCAUCUUUUCGGUUUAUGUUUGCUAUGUUCAGAGUGUUGCUGAACAUAUGAUUACAAUAGCUAUACAACAGUUUCUAAUAAUAUAAAGCUUCAUUUUUUUAACACUUCCUACUCUGGCUUUGACUGGUUGCUCUGCAGAGCUGAAAAACGAUGCCUAUAACUCCUUAUUCCUUACUAUAAUGUCCUAAAAUGAACUUGAUCCUGCUAUUCAUGUCUCAGUCUGUUGCUGGAUUUAUGGACUGCCAUGUGUCAGUUUAAGUAGUAUUCUAUCAUGUAAGCUAAUUAAUUGUACCAUAUUUUAAAGUAUUUCCAUGGUUCAACGGUAUGUAAUGAAUUGUAGUAUAUGAAUAGAAAAACUUUGUUCUUUUAGGAAUGCGUUUCAGGAUAUCUGCGGGUUGCUGUAUAAAAUGUAUAAGAAGUGCUUGCUGCUGGACGCUGUGUACUUUGCAAACUGAAAGGCUCUUUAUUCUCGCUAGUUCAUGCAUAUCUGUUCUUUCAGAAUACACAUUAUUUUCUAUGGAAGCUGAUCAUCAUAACAACCCAUACUUCUUGAUGUGAACAUCCAUUGUGAAAAUAAAGCUUUUUCUCUCUACUGGAA